AGCGGAGAACUUGCUCUUCCAAGUGUUUAUCCAUUAAAGCCCCAUAAAUAUUGUGAUUUGUUUAUUUGCUGUGCUUCGACGGCCGCGCUCUUGGUAUUUUCAAAUUAGAAGUGUCUAAGCGAGCGAGAAUGAAGCCCCUUGCAGAGCUCAAGGUGCCCAGCUUUACGGUGGAGUACCAGGGAACCACUUUCACGUACGCCAGCCCCACAUUCGGAGAAGCCUCCUUCGACUUUCUGGCCCAAACGAUCAGAGGAAGGGACCCGAACACAUGCAGAAUUAUUUUGAUCUGUCAGCAGAAUGCCGAGGCCGAGCAUCUGAAAUCGGAGCUCGCCGGUCGCGAUGUGAACACACUCCUCCUGGAGGCGGCCGACCCGAUGGCCCACCAAGUGCUGCUCCUCUGGUCGAAGGGGUACAUUCACCAAGCUCUGAUCCUUUGCGAUGCCAUGCUUAAUCAUCUCGAGGGACUUGGGGUGAAUUUCGUGAUCCAUACGACGCUGCCGCCGUUGAAACAGUUUCAGGAGCGUUGGGAGAUCCUGAGCAAGUCGGCAACCAAAGCCGAAAUGUUGGUGAUAACUGCUCAAGACAAAGGAACAAAGAUUUCUGGUAAAAAUAUUAUAAAACCAGAGACGGAAAAAGGGGAAACCCCAACCCCCCUCAAAAGGGAGGUCAAAUCGGAACCGGAAGUGCCACUACCUCCUCAGGAUCCAAGGCCUGUGGUCAAGAUGGAACCCAAGCAUCUUCAGAGCCUCAGCGCAAUGGAUGGUCAAGCGCAGAUGGUGGCCUUUGGAAAAUCGCUAUUUUAUCCAACAGGCUCUACCUCUGCCCUCGAGACAAUCCCAAAAUCGUCUCAUAACUCCCAACUUGCUGAUAAUGAGGAUAAGACCCUAGAAGACUUUAUGGAAAAGUUCCUAAAACUGAGCUGCGAUGAGUCCACAAAUCAAGAAACUUCACUGCUUCCACGUGGCAAGCCUUCAAAACACGAAUCCUCUCCAGAAACCUCUCCGGUGGCAGACCUGCGUUUGUGGCAUACCAAACGACCAAUGGAGGCUUCGGAAGUUGAGUUACAGAACUUCUUUGGGUCUUGCAGACUUCAAAGUGCUCCUCCGCCCAUUGUGCCUCCUGGAGAGUCGCUCUCCCUGGAGCUGCCUCCAGAUCUCGUUGGCAUUGAUGACACCCUCUCCCUGGAUUCGUUCCAAACUGGGGAGGACUCUCCUCUGCUGGAUCCCUUGGAUGAUUCACUCACUGCCGGCGGCAUCACUGCCUAUAACUAUGGCGUUCUGGCCUGGAGUCGCCACCUGAUCGUUCCGUGCUACGAUCUGGGCGGAGUGGCGGGCAUGAGCAACGCCACCAGGAGUGCCAUACAUCAGCUGGGUGUGGCCAAGUCGCGGGCCAAGGCCGUCCAGCGAUUCGCCUGGCCACAUGUCUCCGCGGGAAAGCCCCUCAUCGUUGUGGGCAACACGCAGACCGGCAAGACGUGGUGCUAUCUGCCCACCUUGUGCCAGCGCAGCCACGAGGAGCUGCAACGCCGUCCAGCGGACGACCAUGGCCCCACCAGCAUCUUUGUGUGCGCCAACCAAUCGCAGGGCAACCAGAUCGGCCGCUGGAUGGACUCGCUCCUCCGCUCGCUGGGCAAUGAGGCGGGCCUGGAGGCGGUGGUCAACCACUGGGACAGGGCCAAUGUGGCGGACAUCGCCGGCCGGCUCAGUCAGCCCGUGGGAAUCCUGCUGACCAGCGUGGACCUGCUGCUCCAGCUGCUGUCGCAUCACUCCAAGAAGGCGCCCAUUUUCGAUGGCGCAGCGGUGAAGUACAUAGCCCUGGAUAACCUGAAUGACAUGGUGCGCCUGCUGCCGGAUAUCACCAUGAAGGUGAUCAAACGUUUGCCCGAAAUGUUCGACUUGGGCCAGAAUAAGUGCCAACUCUUUGUCUCCGGACGGAAUUGGCUGAAUGACCUGAUGGUGCAGCGCAUCCUGCCGCUGAUGCCCGAUGUCCUCAUCCUCUUCGACGACGCCUUGGAGGCCAGCGUCUAUGGCGGCGUUGAGCUGGACACUAGGAUAGUGCCGGAGGAGCAGAAGAUCGAGCGCUUGGUGGCUCUCUUCAGGGACACCAAUCUCGUCGAGGAGCGCACGGUUGUGGUCUGCUCGAGCGCAGACGAGGUGCUCCUUCUCCGCCGUAGGCUGGACAAGAAGGGGAUAGACGUGCAGACCUGCAUCUCGGAGUCGUGCUUCCCCCAAGUCGCCCGCUGGCGGCGGGAUUGCCCGGCCUGCCCGCUCCUGGUCUCCGACGAUGUGGUGUCGAAACUAAGAUGUGGCUACGUAGUCCUGCUCAUCCACUACAGCUGGUCCACCAGUUGGAUGCGGUUCAAGCACCGCUUCAGCCUGUUCUACAAGAACUACAAGACGGUGCCACCAAAGCAGCGCGGUCAGUCCGUGAUCUUCGCCCAGGAAACCGAAGUGGACACCAUCUGGCUGAUGGCCGACUUUCUGCUGAAGCACGGCCUUCCGAGGCCCACCCACUUGCUGGACAUUCUGGCCCAGCGCCGCCUGGCAGAGCCACUGCACCCGGCCAGGCUUAAGCUCUGCCGCCAGCUGUCUGCCUACGGGGAUUGCCUGAGGAACAGCUGCCAGUAUCGUCAUCUGCUGUGGCGGCAGGAGGUCGUGCCGCCGGAUCACUACCCCACCAAGGGGGAGAUUCGCUUCACGGUCCUGGCUUGCAACAGCCCAGCCCAUCUAUCCGUGCGUCUGAACGACCAGUUUCCCACAGUGGCCCACUUCCUCGGCGUUCCGAUGACCCAUCUGGGCCAGCAGGUGCAGCGCCACUACGAACUGGAGGAGCACCGACACCGGCAUCCGAGUCCUGUGCCCGGCGAGAGGGUGGUGGUGAAGAACCUCAACCGCUACGAGCGGGCGGUCGUCCUGGACGUGGAGGGCGGCAAGGUCUCGGUGCAACUGCUGGACACGUCCACCGAGAUCCUCAGCUACAACGCCAGCCAAGUGUACGUCUGCGAAAAGAUCUUUAAGGACCAACCGAGGGAGGCGAUGGAGGUGAGGAUCACUGGCCUGGAGCCGGGCAGCCUGGACCGCAUCUGGCCCGAGGACGUGCGCAAUGUGGUGCGCAACCAGUUCUUCAGCCGCACGCAGAACAGACGGAGUCGCGAGUUCUCCGCCGUCGUGCAGGCCACCAUCCAGGAGACCAUCUUCGUGCGCGAUGUGGUCGACAGCGAGGGCAACGACCUCCGCAGCUUCGUGGCAAAUCGCUUCCGCGUCUAUCAGGAGGAGCGCUGCCUGGACAAGCUCAUCAGGAUGGUCCUGAGCUCCGAGCCCAAGCCGUGCCUGAUAAGCAAUUAGUUUUACAUUGAAUCCUGCUCGCCUGAACAUUUUUAUCUCCUCAAUGGGCUUACAUUUUAACACGAAACGAAAGCGUUUACAUGCUUUCAUGAUUUUUGACAUUUUUCGAACAUUGGCAAUUGAUUAUUCCUGCAUUUGAAACAUAAUACUUAAUUAUGGAACUAUUCUACACUCCUUAUUCUCAUAUACUUGAUGAAGUUCAACUUUCUGCGCUGUUAUUAUAUUGCAAUGUUCCUCUCGUUUAA